AUGUCUCCGUUUGGUGAUCCAUCUUUUAAGUACACUAUAGUGUCUUCCGAGAAGGUUAAGUCAGAGGAAGUGUAUCUAGAUCAUGCAGCCACAACUCUUUAUAGUAAAAGACAGAUACAAGCCUAUCAAGAGGAUCUAUUGAGCCAUGUUUAUGGUAAUCCACAUAGUCGUUGUCCCAGCAGUCAACUUACAGCUGAUUCUAUUGAACAGAUACGAUUCAGAAUUCUCAGAUUUUUCAAUACCAAUUCUAAAGAAUACAGUGUAAUUUUCACAUCAGGGUGUACAGGUGCCUUAAAACUUGUAGCAGAAACAUUCCAAUUUCAUAGUGCUCAUAGUAACUCUACAGACAAUGACAGACGCCUUGAAAACUGUGUAAAGGUAGACAACUCUAAUCACUCAGACUCAGACCUCAAUAAUGGAUAUUUCUGCUAUUUAUUAGACAACCAUACAUCUGCUCAAGGAAUGAGAGAACUUGCUGCCAAAAGAACAAAAAAUAUUCAGUGCCUUGAUACCCCAGACCUUUCCAAAUGUUUGAUCUGUGAUUUCAAUGUGGUGAAUGAGAAUUCCAAUAAUUUGUUUGUGUUUCCUGCUCAAUCAAACUUUUCUGGUGAAAAAUUCCCUCUUCAGUGGAUUGAGGACUUCCAUAAUGGCCGAAUGAAAUGCCAAGAGAGAAUUCCUGGUCAAUGGUUUGUGUUAUUAGAUGCAGCUUCCUAUGUCAGUACCUCAUAUUUAAAUCUAGGCUUACAUAAACCAGACUUUAUAACUUUAUCCUUCUAUAAAAUAUUUGGAUUCCCUACAGGACUUGGUGCUCUGCUGGUGAAAAAUGACAGUAGUUAUAUUUUACAUAAAGAAUAUUUUGGUGGAGGUACAGUAGCUGUGAGUUCUGCUCAACACAGGUUCCAUAUUUUCAGAGAAAAUAUUUCUGAAAGAUUUGAAGAUGGAACACUGCCAUUUUUAGACAUAAUAGCUUUAAGACAUGGAUUUGAUGCAAUAGAACAGUUUGGAGGAGGAAUCCAUAAUGUAUCCCACCAUACAUUUACCAUUGCUCAGUAUUUACACCAUCAUCUAUGUCAACUGUAUCAUUAUAAUGAUACACCAUUAGUAGUUAUUUAUGGUAAUGGUAAUUUUAGUGAUAUUAAUACUCAAGGUGCUAUUGUGAACUUUAACUUGAAAAGAUGUAAUAGUGAAUUUAUUGGUUUUGCAGAGGUGGACAAACUAGCACAAUUACAUAAGAUACAUCUUCGUACUGGUUGUUUCUGUAAUGUGGGAGCCUGUCAAAAAUAUCUUGAUAUAACAUUACAACAAUUACAAGAUAAUUUUAAGGAAGGUCAUGUUUGCGGUGAUGAUAAAGAUCUUAUUAAUGGUUUACCAACAGGAUCAGUUAGAAUAUCAUUUGGAUACAUGUCAACAUUGGAAGAUGCUCAAAAAAGUCUCCAGUUCUUGACUCAAAAUAACCCUCAAAAGCAGACGACAGAAAAAAAUGAUGAUGUCAUCAAAAAAUGUGAUGAAAAGACUAGACUGUUGACUAACAUAUUUCUAUAUCCGAUCAAAUCUUGUGGUGCGUUUGAGGUUAGUGAAUGGGAGAUAACUAGUAAAGGUUUACUCUAUGAUAGACAUUGGAUGAUAGUCAGUGAAGCUGGGGUUACUAUAAGUCAGAAACGGGAACCAAGAUUAUGUCUAAUUAAACCAUUCAUUGAUUUACACAAUAACUCAAUCUAUCUUCAAUACCCAGAAAUGCCAGAACUAUGUUUGUCAUUAGAUUGUAACCAAGGAAACAGUUUUACUGGAGAGAUUUGUACUAAUAAAGUUUGCGGUGAUAAAGUUGAGAUGUAUGAUUUUGGUGAUGAAGCUGGUGAUUGGAUCAGUUUAGCUAUAAAUAGAUCAGGUUGUCGUCUGCUUCAACAUAAAGCAGAUCAUUUUAGAAAAUGUAAAUUGAAGGAUUCAUCAUCAGAUGCAGUUUCCUCUACAGAGUUAUCAUUAGCUAAUGAAUCUCAGUUUCUGUUAAUCAGUAGACAAAGUAUAAAGGCUUUAUUGAAAAAAAUGUCUGAAGAAAAUAGUUUGAAUUCUGAAAAUGGAAAGGAAGAUAAUGAACAACCAUUGACUAUGCCAGAUGAAGAGAAUAUCAUGAAGAGAUUCAGAGCUAAUUUUGUUAUUGGUGGUGGUUUGUGUUUUGAAGAAGAUAACUGGUCUGAUAUUUCUUUAGGCAAUAAUCAAAUGAAGAGUCAAGGUGGAUGUAGUCGAUGUCAAAUGAUUUGUUUAGAUCAGAAUACUGGAAAUAGAAGUAAGGAACCAUUAAAAACAUUAGCUGUAUGGAGGGGAAGAAUGGUACCAUUUGGUAUACAUCUUAGAAUGAAGAUAUUAUCAGAAAAUAGAAAUAUGGUGUAUGUUGGUGAUGAAGUAAAAACAUCCAGUCACUGA